AGGUUUAACCUAAUUUUACUUCCGUGAAGUUCUUACGCUUCUGUUCUUUGAUGGUGAAGGGGUAUUGCAAACGCAGACAGCGGAGGUGCGAAUGCAAGCAGCACAGUUUCAUCUCCUGAAGUAUAGCGACCGUUCGACAAACAACUGGUACAAGCGUUAAAGAGAAGUUUGAGUGCAUAAAAAGGGCUCGAUUGUGGAAUUGCUGUUUUUGUUUUUAAUUUUCAGUAUCCAGCUACUACAACCAUGGCAUUUGCUCUGCUGAUUUCCAUUCUGUUUCAUGCUACAGUUGUACAGACUAUGUCACUUUCUGUGAAUGUUCCGCGGACACUCUGGGCUGUGUACGGUAGCUGUAUGGAGAUCCAGUGCACAUUUGACCAGAGGACGGGACUCUAUAACCCAAGCGGUAUGUGGUUAAAAGGGGGAUAUGAUCCUCUGGAGAAAGAGGUCUUUGCUAUCUACGAGAAUGGAAAAAUAUCCUCUACUUAUGAACGACGAGCAGAAUUCACUGGCAACCUAGCUCAGAAUGGAUGUUCCUUACGGAUUAAAGGCGUCAGCUUUGCUGACAAAGGCGUCUAUUGCUUCAGGGUGACCUUUGGAAACCUAAGGGGGAUACCGAAGGGAAAAGAACAUGGCUGCGUCACAGUUUCUGUUAUAACUGAACCACAGAUAUCAGUUCCUCAAGACGUCAUCGCUGGGCGAAUGAGCUACUUGACCUGCUCACUAAAUCACAGUUGUCCAUCCGCCCGAUUCAGGUUAAAAUGGAUUCUCGACGAAGAACUGAUGGCAAUUACUCAAGGUUCAAAAGAAAACGGCAAGACUAUUCAGAGUCCUCAGAAUAUCUCCACCAAAUUCACAUUCACUCCUUCACCGAACCAUGACAGUAAACGUAUUGGUUGUGAACUUACAACGGAUGGUACCAGCGGGAGAAAUACGGCAUAUUUUACGCUGGAUGUUCACUAUUCACCCGAGAAUGUGUCCGGCCCGACCUGCACAAGCCUUGAGAACUGGAUCAACUGUACGUGUAAGGUGAAAGCUAAACCACCAGCAACCAUCACAUGGAGAGUCAAUGGGAAGGCCCUAUACGGGCAGAGCAAACGUUUCCAUGUCACCGGCUUCAUGUUGGAUAAAUUCGUCACGCAGGGCUCACUGAUAUUGAGUAACCAGGCUGGUGCCGGACAACUCAUCUCCUGCGUCGCGGUGAACGUACACGGUACUAGUAACGGAACAUUCCACCGCGAAUCAUCAGUUUCAGGUUCGUUGCUGAGGGACUUUGCCAUUGCAGCAGGAAGAGCAGCAGUGAUGAUCAUCGUGAUCUUAACGAUUCUAUUUGCCUACAGGUUCGUGCAUUACGACAUUGAAUUUGAGAUAAAAGGACGACUGAAAUUAUGA